AUGGAGACGGCGGACCUCGUGGUGGACGGCACGCGCACGUCGGGCAAGGACGUGCGCGAGCAGAACGUGACGGCGGCCGUGGCCAUCGCCAACAUCGUCAAGAGCUCGCUGGGCCCCGUGGGCCUCGACAAGAUGCUCGUGGACGACAUCGGCGACGUGACCAUCACGAACGACGGCGCCACGAUCCUCAAGCAGCUGGAGGUGGAGCAGCCCGCCGGCAAGGUGCUCGUGGAGCUGGCCGGUCUGCAGGACCAGGAGGUGGGCGACGGCACCACGUCCGUCGUCAUCAUCGCCGCGGAGCUCCUCAAGCGCGCCAACGAGCUGGUGAAGAACAAGAUCCACCCGACGUCCAUCAUCGCCGGGUACCGUCUCGCCAUGCGUGAGGCAGUCAAGUACAUUAAGGAGAACCUGAGCGUUCCUGUGGACUCGCUGGGCCGCGAGAGCCUCGUGAACGCUGCUAAGACGAGCAUGUCGUCGAAGAUUCUGGGCCCCGAGAGCGACUUUUUCGCCAACUUGGUCGUGGACGCCGUGUCGUCGGUCAAGGUGGAGCAGGAGGGCGCCAAGGGCAAGAUUAAGGCCAAGUACCCCGUGAGCUCUAUUAAUGUGCUGAAGGCGCACGGUAAGAGCGCUCUGGAGACGCAGCUGGUGGACGGCUUCGCUCUCAACUGCACCAAGGCGUCGCAGCAGAUGCCGACCUACAUUAAGAACGCCAAGAUCGCGCUGCUGGACUUUGACCUGCAGCGUCACCGUAUGCAAAUGGGCGUGCAGGUUGUCGUGAACGACCCGAACGAGCUGGAGCUCAUCCGUCAGCGCGAGAUCGACAUUACCAAGGAGAAGAUCCAGAAGAUGAUCGACGCUGGUGCUAACGUGAUUCUGACUACCAAGGGCAUUGAUGACCUGUGCCUCAAGUACUUUGUGGAGAACGGCUGCAUGGGUGUGCGUCGCUGCAAGAAGGAGGACCUGCAGCGCAUUGCCAAGGCCACGGGCGGACAGGUUGUCCUGACCCUUGCCGACAUGGAGGGCGAGGAGACGUUCGACCCCUCGACGCUGGGUGAGGCACAGGAAGUUAGCGAGGAGCGUGUCGGUGACGGCGAGCUCAUCUACAUCAAGGGCUGCAAGACGCGCCAGGCUACUACUGUGGUGCUGCGUGGCGCCAACGAGAACAUGCUUGACGAGAUGGACCGCUCGAUGCACGACUCGUUCAUGGUAGUGAAGCGUAUGCUUGAGAGCAACCAGCUUGUCGCUGGCGGCGGCGCCGUGGAAGCGGCUCUGUCUAUCUACCUGGAGAACUUCGCCACGACGCUCGGCUCCCGGGAGCAGCUGGCCAUCGCCGAGUUUGCCGACGCGCUGCUGGUCAUUCCGAAGACCCUGGCCGUGAACGCCGCCAAGGACGCCUCGGAGCUCGUUGCGCGCCUGCGCGCGCACCACAACACAUCGCAGAGCGACGCCGCCGAGAGCGAGCUGCGCUUCUCGGGCCUGGACCUGCUGGAGGGCAACGUGCGCAACAACCUCGAGGCUGGUGUCGUGGAGCCUGCUAUCAGCAAGAUCAAGAGCCUGCGUUUUGCCACGGAGGCGGCCAUCACCAUUCUGCGGAUUGACGAUCUGAUCAAGCUCAACCCUAAGGAGGAGCCCCAGCAGUAG